AUGAAUCGUGGACGGUUUUUAGUAAACAUGGUUGAAGAAAGGGACAAAGAAAACAUCAGCCCUAGCUUACUAACCCAACCAGAUACUAGACAGGAGUUUGAACCAAUAAUAAAAAAGGAGAGAGAUUCAUCUAACGAAACUCAUGCAGCCUUAUCCGUGGAUGGUAAAUCUAUUCCGAGCACAUAUAAACAACAGCAGGCUAGUACACCAAAUUAUUAUAUUUCACCAAUCCAAAGUGACCAAAGUGAUUUUGAUGACUCAGGUGAGGAUCCCAAUUACCAAUUGAUUAAUAAAAGUAAGACACUAUCUCAGAUCGUACCUUUUGGUUCAUUGCUGUCUUCAUCCAGCACCAGCAGUAGUAGCUCUAAGAGCUCAUCACGUUCUAAUAGCUCGUCAGACACGGAAAAUGAUAGUGCGCAUUUACAGCUUGACCCUCAAAAUACUACGGUAGCGGAAAUUAAUUGCCAAGAGCUCGUUAAAAAAGAAAAAAAGGGUAAAAAGAGGGUACGAAAACCAACGAUGUGGAAAUCGAAAGUUGCGAAAGUGCUGAGAAAUUCUGGUAAAGCCUACCAGUCUAUGUCAAAAUCAAAAUUACAAGUGCCAGAGAGAAAAGUCGGCCUCCCCUGUGGAGAAAAAUGUCGGCUAAAAUGUAAAGAUAAGAUCAAUGAAAUAUCAAGGCAACAGCUUUUUGAUGCAUUUUGGGGACUCGGCAAUCUUAAAAAGGCAGAGAGAAUUUAUAGUGCGACACUCACAAAAAAUAAAACCUAA